AUGGCUCAACAUCCAUCACAAACGGGUGUGCUGGGUACUUCGUCGAGCUCCUUCCCAAGCUCUCACGCGAAAAUCGCCAAUCCCAAGGAUACGCCCUACUUUAUCGACAAUGAGUUCCGAUUCUCAGCGACAAAAGACCUCAUCGACGUGCAUGACCCUGCUACCAAUGAUCUUGUUUCCAAAGUUCCCAAGAUGACCGAAUCGGAACUGGAGGAAGUCCUCCAAGCUGCAGAAACAGCAUUUCCAGCCUGGAAGGGGAUGUCCACAAUUGCCAGACAACAAAUCAUGUUUCGCUUUGUCGGUCUUAUUCGCGAGCACUGGGACCGUCUUGCCGCUGUGAUAACAUUAGAGCAAGGGAAAACGCUGGCAGACUCCAAGGGAGAUGUUUUGCGAGGCUUGCAGGUAGCUGAGGCUGCAUGCGCUGGACCUGAAUACAUGAAAGGGGAAGUCUUAGAAGUCGCCAAAGAUAUGGAGACUAGGACUUACCGCGAGCCACUUGGUGUCGUUGGUGUCAUCUGCCCAUUCAAUUUUCCUGCUAUGAUUCCGCUUUGGUGCAUUCCGGUCGCCACUAUAACAGGGAAUACCGUUGUUCUCAAGCCAUCAGAGCGAGCGCCUGGGGCAGCUAUGAUUUUGAUGGAGUUAGCAGAGCAGGCUGGAUUUCCUAAAGGAGUGAUCAACGUUGUCCACGGAGCGCAUGACACCGUUAACUUUUUGCUCGAUUAUCCUUUGAUCAAGGCCAUCAGCUUUGUCGGAAGCAACCAAGCCGGGGAAUACAUUUUUGAAAAGGGAAGUGCAAGUGGUAAGAGAGUGCAAGCAAAUCUCGGAGCGAAAAAUCACGCUGUUGUUUUACCCGAUUCCGAUAAAGAUUCGACCUUGGAGGCUAUCACAGCUGCAGCAUUUGGUGCGGCUGGCCAGCGUUGUAUGGCGCUAUCAGCACUGGUACUUGUCGGUGAAACAAAAGACUGGCUCCAGGAGCUGGUUGAUCGAGCCAAGGGUCUCCGCGUGGAUGGAGGAUUCGAACCCGAUGCCGAUCUGGGUCCAGUAGUGACACCGCAAAGCAAACUCAGAAUAAACAAACUUGUGACAAGCGCUGAAAGCGAAGGGGCUACUGUUCUCCUCGACGGGCGAGUAUUUGAACACAAAAAGUAUCCCAAUGGCAAUUGGGUGGCCCCGACAAUUAUUUGCGAUGUCACUCCCAGCAUGCAGUGCUACAAAGAGGAAAUUUUUGGACCGGUGCUUGUUUGCCUUCACGCAGACUCACUCGACGAUGCUAUAAGUGUGGUCAAUGCGAAUCCGUAUGGGAAUGGUACAGCGAUAUUCACGUCCUCGGGGGUCUCUGCUGAGAGGUUUCGGAAGAACAUAGAGGCUGGCCAAGUUGGUAUCAAUGUUCCCAUUCCAGUCCCUCUCCCGAUGUUUUCGUUUACCGGAAAUAAGCGAAGUGUUGCUGGUGGCGGUGCAAAUACGUUUUAUGGCAAGCCUGGUGUCAGUUUCUAUACGCAGCUAAAGACUGUAACGUCGAAGUGGGCUGGGCGAGAUAGCCAACCUGGAAAAAUGACGCUCUCGAUGCCCACAAACAGCUGA